AUGCUGUUUCUUGCGCGAGAUGGUAUGCGCGGCCACUUGGUCGAUGUCGAGACGCAGACGGUGCUGCGCAACUACGCGAUAGGUGAGGUGGCGACAAACGCUUUGGCUUACUCUCCCAUCAGUCAAGCCGUCAUAGCGCACCAAACGCGCAACUGUGCUCUUUUCCUCUCUGCGGCAACGCAGCAGCCACUCCAGCGCAGCUUCACACCGGAGCUGGUCACAAGCUGCGCCGUCACUCAAUGCGGCACCUUCAUGGUGGCGGGCACAGCGAAUGGCACCGUUUUCCUGUGGAACCUGCAGUCUGGUGACCUUAUCAAGAGCUGCAAGGGCCACCUGCGUGCGGUACACUGUGCGGCGAUCUCAGCCGAUGAUUCGCUCGUCGCGACGGUGUCUGAGGACUCCGUGUGCAAGGUAUGGGACCUAGCGACACUGGCCUCGCUGCGAAUGCGCGAGGUUGUGCCUCGGUGCAUCUUCAACGCCCACUCACUCGCGGUCACCUGCUGCACUUUCCUGCACCACUCGAACGUGCUUCUCACCGGCUCCAGCGACCGCACCUGCCGUCUCGUGGACCCCCACACAGGGGAGCAGCUCCGCUCCGUCACCGUCGGUGAUGCCGUCACCGCGGUCACCGUGAGCCUUGACGACGCCUCGAUUGUCGCUGGCACGCAAAAGGGGUUCUUGUUCUUCAGCGAGCUUUACGAGCCAUCUGUCGGGCUUGCCAUCGAAUCAGAACGUGAUGGUGGUCACCGAGAGGCGAUCCUCCGACCACCCAGCGCGGAUGGCCACCACUCUCCGGUUAUUUUUCUGCGGUGUCUGCCCUCCGCACCGUCGCUCGUGCUCACCGCCAGCGAAAGUGGCGCCGUUCUGUGGUUCGAUAUCCAAAACGGGCGGCUCGUGAAAGAGUGCAUCAGCCCCCAAAAGGGGCGGCUGCUCGGCUGCUGCGUGGUACCGCAAGCUGCUCUGCUUGUGAAGGGGAUUUGUGCACCGCUGCAGAAGCACCCUGUCGAUCCCUCGCGAGGCAACUAUCGCAUCACACAGUGCGCUCUCACGGCGUGCCAAGGCAGGCGAGGCGUGAAGCGAGACCGAGUCCGCGAAGGAGAUGUGCGGCUUGGGCCCGGUGAGAAGGCAGACGCGAAUGCUCUUGAAGAGGUUCGUGCAAAGGUAGUGGAGCUGUGUGACCUUCGCGCGCAGCUCCAGCGCCGACUGCGCAAGCUCUCCGCAGCAAAACGCUGA